UGAGUGCAACACAAUAAAGAAAAGCUCCUAAACCAUAGAAACUACCAACAACCUUCUAAGAACAUGGCAUCCAACUCCUCCAACCAAUCCGACUUUGAGGACAGGGACCUGACUCAAAGCGACCCCCAGGAGGAGGAAAACCCAGCGAAGUGCGACAGGGUAAGACCUGGAUAUUACUUAAACCAAGGGAGGAAAGGGUGGGCAAAAAAGGUAGGAUAGUUAGAGUAGAAGAGAGUAGGUGGUUGUGGUGUAAGGGAGCUGAGGACAGAGUCAUGAUAAAUUGUGGGCGAUGUGGGAGAUUGGCCCCCGGAGAAUUGGAGCAGGAAGACAUACAUGGGGUAGUCCUAUCUGGAACCACAUGGCUAUGCGAGGAUUGUUAUGAACCUCAUAAGGCGUAUCUGAUAGAAAGAAUAGGUGAGGAGGAGUACUUUGGCGCAGUUACAUCCUGGGGAUUCGGGGUUAACAUGAAAGCCACAGCAGGAAGGCGUAGAGUGGCGAUAGGAAGAAAAGAAAAAACAAUAGUAGACUUCAAAGAUAGUAGCAAAUGCCCAUGUCGGCCAGCGAAUUGGAAAUAUGGAUCACCACCUCUGGUGAUGAAAAAUGUAAGGACAACAAUGGAAAGAGACACAAGGAGAGAGCCCCAAGUUAUGCUAGGGGACUUGGAGAAAUUUUGGACCAAAGAGGACUUAGAAGUCCUGGAGAAACAUCAGUGCUACAUGAGGCGGGAUAAGGCCGGGGCAGAGUGGCACGAGAGUACAGUCAGGAGGUUUGGCCUUAAGUGGAAGAUGUUGGAUUGCAACAUAGGGGCUUGCAUGACCGACAACAGAUGGGUAGAAAUGAUGUUAGGAGAUAUCCAUAGGCCAAGAGCUAGUAAACAUGGAGUGAGGAGGAGAUUAAUUGAGGAAGAGGUACGGGCCCAGAAAAAGGUAGAGGGGCAAGGAAAAGAACCGGUUUUCCUUAUAGAAGAAAGUAAGGAAGAACAUGGAGAGGGACCAGGUUUGAAGAUAAGGAGGCUAAGAAGGUAUACCCCAAGGCACAGACAGGAUAAUCAGAGAUCAAGGAAAGAAAAGGAGGAAAGACAGAAAGAGAGAGGUAGGCAGCUAGUGAAAGGAUGGUUUGGGUGUGGCUCAAAAGACAAUGGCCCUAGUGGGCUGCUAGACGCAGGAGUUAGGAGGCAGACGGCACAAGGGCCAGCCUGGAGACCUAUCUGGGCACUAAAGGCAACAGAGGAAGGACAAGGUAAAACCAUACAAGGAGAUGAAUCAGAGCAUAAAUGCGAGGGACCUAACUGGUCCAAAAUUGCAGAUCUUACUAGUUCAGUAGUAAGGUGUGAGGCAGCAGCAGGAGACCUGAGAAGGGAGCUGAAAUACAUUGGGGAUGAACUUAUAGGUAUGGUAAACCCCAGAAGUAGGAAGGGCAAGAAGAAGGCCAAGAAAGGCAGGCGACAAUAACAUAAUGGUCUAACCAAUCUUCCCUGAAUUAUAGGAAUCAGAAGCUUCAGAGGAAGAACAGUUGUAUGAGGAAGCAAAGAUCCUAGGAGAAUGGUGUAUGGCUAGAAUGGAGACAUUCAUUAAACAUUGGCAAAUAAUGGAUAUGCCUGAACUGAAUGACUGUUGCGAGGGGCAUAUGUUGUGUUUUGAAAAUACCAGGGAACUAGACGUAUGUGGAGGGUGUGCAUUUAGUGUAAAGGGAAAUCUACAUGGAAGGCUAAAUUGGCGAGGGAAAGAUUUGGAGAGUGUGUGUUUAGGUUGCUUAGAGGAAGCCAGAGAUUGGCCAAAAAUGAGGGUAAUGGUAAAAAGAGGGAUGGCUUGGGAAAUGACCCAGGACAGAGAAGAGGCAAAAAUGAGGGUUGUGUAUAAUGGUAAAGAAAUAGAAUGGGGCAAACGGGGAAGAUAGAGUUAUCAGGGCUAAACAAUGAAAUAUAUUACACAGGAUGGAGCCAGGACCAGGGGAGGAUGGAACCAUCGGUGCGAGGGUUGUACUAGCAUAACCAGAGGAAAAAUAA